AUGUUGGACGUCAACGAUUUCAUUAAGGAGCGGGGUGGCGAUCCGGAGAAGGUCCGAGAGUCCCAGCGCCGAAGACACGCCAAUGUCGAGCUCGUCGACGAAAUCAUUGCCCUCUUCGAAGACCAUCGCAAAACCCAGUACAGCGCGACCCAAGUGAACAGCAAGAUCAACGAGGUUCAGAAGCAGAUUGGCGCCAAGAAGAAGGCCAAGGAGAAUGCCGACGAGCUGCUCCAGCAAAAAAUUGAGCUGGAAAAGGAGAAGAAGAGCCUCGUCGAAUCCGCCGCGGAAAAAGACGCCCUGCUGAAGAGCAAGAUAAAGACAAUUGGCAACUACGUCCACGACUCCGUCCCGGUCAGCAACAACGAGGACGACAACGCAGUCCUGCGCACGUGGCCAGAAGGCGCCUCACCCGAGAAGCGCAAUGUCCUCUCUCAUCAUGAGGUCCUCCUCCGUCUCGAUGGAUACGACCCCGAUCGUGGUGUCAAGGUCGUCGGCCACCGCGGCUACUUCCUCCGCCAAUGGGGCGUGUUCCUCAACCAAGCCUUGAUCAACUACGGCCUCGAGUUCCUCACACAAAGGGGUUACACCGCCCUGCAGGCCCCCCAGUUCAUGCUCAAGGAGUACAUGGCCAAGACGGCUCAGCUCGAGGACUUCGAUGAAGAGCUCUACAAGGUCGUCGACGGAGACGCCAAAAACGACAAGUACCUGAUCGCGACGUCCGAGCAGCCCAUCUCAGCCUUCCACGCCGACGAAUGGCUCAUCGCCAAGGAGCUACCCAUCAAAUACGCUGGGUACAGUUCUUGCUACCGCCGCGAGGCUGGAUCACACGGUAGAGAUGCCUGGGGCAUCUAUCGUGUACAUCAGUUUGAAAAGAUUGAGCAGUUCCUCCUCACGGAUCCCGAAAAGUCAUGGGAAGCACUCGAUGACAUGAUCCACGUAUCCGAGGAGUUUUACCAGUCAUUGGGCCUGCCGUAUCAGGUGGUGGCGAUCGUUUCUGGAGCGCUCAACAACGCCGCAUCCAAGAAGCUUGACUUGGAGGCGUGGUUUCCAUUCCAGGGCGAAUACAAGGAGCUUGUGUCGUGCUCAAAUUGCACCGAUUACCAGUCUCGCGCCCUCGAGAUCCGCUUCGGAGCCAAGCAGCAGACGGACACCAAGAAGAAAUACGUGCACUGCUUGAACGCCACGCUCUGCGCAACGACAAGGACCAUGUGCUGCAUCCUCGAGAACUACCAGACAGAGGAGGGCCUUCGCGUCCCGGAGCCUCUUCGCAAGUACUUGCCGGGGGCACCGGAGUUCAUCCCCUUUGCGAGGGAGCUGCCCAAGGAGUCGACGUCCCAGAAGUCGCUGCCCCAGAGGACAAAGGGCCAGAAAUGA